CCGGUGAGACCUCAUCUGCUUCCCUGACAGACUUGAGAGGCUGCUGGACUCUAGACCACCCACCUCCCAAUUGAGGAAACCGAGGCAGAGGAGGCUCAGACCAUGGCCUUGUGGAGUGCUCAACGCCCCCUGGGAUCCUGCAAGACCCUCAGCCUCCUGUUCCUGCUUCUCAGCUUCGAGUGGGUGCUACUCUCCAGGGCCCAGACUGCAGACACAGGACAGGGAGUCAUGAUGCCGUGGCUGCAACGCACCUCCCAGGACCUGUCCUGGCAGCGGUCCGAGCCGACCAUCAUCUUCCCAAGGGCACUGCAGGUCACAGAGAAGAAGGCCUGCCCCUCUGGGAAGGAGACCCAUGUGGUGGAUGAAAACCUCGCAUUCUAUGAGGAAUGGGAGCUGGAAGCCUGUGUGGACGGGGCCCUGCUGGCUGAGCAGAUGGACCGGGUGAAUGCGAUUCCCUUCACCUACCAGCAGCUUGACAUUUUUAAGCACAAAUUGGAUGAGUUCUACCCACAGGGGUAUCCCGAGUCCCUGAUCCAGCACCUGAAUUACUUCUUCCUUGAGGUCACCCCCCAUGACAUCCACAAGUGGAACGUGACAUCCCUGGAGACUGUGAAAUCUCUGCUUAAAGUCAGCAAAGGGCGCAAAAUGGAUGCUCAGGUGGCUGCCCUGAUUGCCCGCUAUCUGGUGGGAGGUGGCCAGCUAGAUAAGGCCACCCUGGACACUCUGGCCAGCUUCCAUCCUACCUACCUCUGCUUCCUCAGUCCUGAGCAGCUGAGCUCUGUGCAACAAGAUGCGGUCUGGACGGCUAUGCCCCAGGACCUGGUCUCCUGCCACCCACUGCAGAUGGAUAUACUCUAUUCCAAGGCCCGCAUCGCCUUCCAGAACAUGAGCGGGUCCGAAUACUUUGCGAGGAUCAAGCCAUUCCUGGCUGGGGCCUCCACGGAGGACCUGCGGGCUCUCGUUCCGCAGAACAUAAGCAUGGACAUAGCCACAUUCAAGACGCUGCGGAAAGAGGUCUUGCUGCCACUGACCAUUGCCGAGGUGCGAAAACUUCUGGGUCCAAACCUGGCGGAGCUGAAGGUGGAGGAGGGGAAUAGCCCCGUGCGGGACUGGAUCUUCCGGCAGCGGCAGAUUGACCUGGACAGCCUGGGGCUGGGGCUCCACGGUGGCAUCCCCAAUGGAUACCUGGUCCUAGACCUCAACUUCAGAGAGGCCCUCUCCGGGAGCCCCCACCUCCUUGGACCUGGACCUGUGCUCACUGUGAUCCCGACUCUGCUCUUGGCUUUGAUCCUGAACUGAGCCCGCUGCCACUGAGGACUGGGCCCUGCUGUGGAGACCCUGCCUGGUGACAGCAGGCCUGGGUUAUUCCUGCCGCACCCAGGGGACUGGAGCUCAAUAAAAGAGAACCUGUUCCCCC